AUGACGGUCUUAUGGCAGUGUUACGACGCCGCUCGGGAAAGUGAGAGGUGUGGUUUAGUGUUAGUCAGCAGUGCGCAUCAGGUAUGCACGCCUCACUAUAAAAGCCAUGAAACUGAGGAGAGGAGUAAGUCAGGGAACGAGCAUCACCACCAGCAUCAUCAACAACCUUCCAGUGUGCUCCAGAAGACUUAAAAAGGUCCGUCCACUAUGCUGAGACAGUGCAUGAUGCUCGCCGCGCUCCUCUUUUGCUUGUUGGUGUUUUGGGGCAGCUUCGCCGAUGCUUACCCACCCAAACCCGAGAGUCCUGGCAGCAACGCUUCCCCGGAGGAUUGGGCCAAGUACCACGCUGCUGUCAGACAUUAUGUCAACCUCAUCACCAGACAGAGAUAUGGGAAGAGGUCAUCUCCUGAGCAGGCAAUGGAAUGGCUGCUCUAUGGUGCAGAUCCAAACCAAGACCCUGAACCACGUCUGGACUAUAACAGCGGGUGGUAA